UUUAACCUCUCCUUCCCUUAUAAUUCCUCUUUCUUCCCUCUCCUUAAAAGCUCCUAAGUCUUUACCACCACACAAAUAUUUAAUCUAUCAAUCUUUAUUUUUGUCUAGACGAACAAUAAUGAAUUAAUCUUGACGGACACGUCUGCUAAUAACGGAGUUACAAACUAAGAUGAGUCAAACGACAUGUAUAGGCCUAAAGAUCAAUGUUUAAAAUAUCAAGCUAGACGUAUCGUGUCGAAUAUUGCUGCGAAGUGGGUUGCACGUCGAAAAUAUAUAUAUGGUGGCCUCCCACUCACUCCUACCUACACAGACGACUCCGCUCCUUGCGUAUAUCUACUUAUUCGGAGUAGUCGUCUUCCAACUGGUUUUGGAGGUCCCUGACAAACUAAAACUGAUUCUGUAGAGAGUGGGGGGAGAUGGAAACUGUGGCCUUGGUGAUAAUUGCCGCAACACUUGUUAUGAGCUUCACCGAUUCAGCCAUCGCUGAGAAGGAAACUGGGGUCAUCCAUGUAGGGGGAAAGGUACUGUGCCAGGACUGCACACAGGGCUGGAACGAAUGGGCUCAUGGUGGCAACCCCAUCAAAGGUUGCAAGGUGUCGAUAACAUGCAUGGACGAGAGAAGCAGAGUGGUGUACUAUGGGAGCGACAUGACGGAUGAGUUGGGGCAAUUCGACAUCAUCGUGAACAAGUACAUAAAUGGGAAGAAACUGAAGACGAAGCUAUGCUGGGUGAGAUUGGUGUCGUCUCCACACCCUACUUGCAACAUUCUCACAGACUUUGCCGGUGGACGGAGAGGGGUGAAGCUUAGCCUUCCCACCUUGGUGUACCGCGAUCGGACCGAGUAUACACUAGGUCCCUUCUAUUUUACAAGCCCAUUGUGUGAUGAACCCGAUACCGACGACAGCUCUAGCAAUCCUCAUCAAGGAACCCACUAUUGAUCAUGUUUCUGAUUAAUUAAUAAUGUACGUGUUUGUUCUUCUUCAACGUUUUUUCUAAAUUUCUUCAUGAUCAUGUACUUUGUGACAGUUUUACAUAUAAUAUAUAUAUAUGAUAAAAUACUGGACAAUUAAUAUUGUUAAUUAAUUGCGUGUUCGAUUAUUGAUCAUUCUAAUUCUAAGGUAAUUAAUGAAGAUCAUGAUCUGAUCAACAAGCUGGCAGAAUAAAAUUUACUGCAAUUAUUUUAUAUUAUACCUAUAAUAUAUUCAUAGCUUAAAAUCCUCUAUAUUUUUUUCUUCUAAUUUUUUAGUGUCACUUUCAAAUUCAAUAGAGUGAUAAUGAAAACUAACACAAGCUAUUUAUUAGGUUAGAUUUAUUAAAAUAUAUAUAUAUCUCUCCAACUCUUGCCAGUCCACCUUU